UCUAGAAAAUAAAAAAGAACACCGUCAAUUCGUAAAGCAAAUGAGAACCACAACAUCUUUUCCCUUCCUUCCUCGUUGACUCGCCGUUUCCCUGCCGACAAACCUCUCUAAUUUUCAGUCGUCAUCUUUCUCAGCCUCGUCGCUGCUGGUUCAUCCUCUAUCAACGCUGCUUCAGGUCUCCUUUUCUUCCUAUUGACAGGUAGACGCAGUAUGUACCAGAUCCUGACAUUGAAGGAAAAGUGAGGAAAGCAGGUGAAACUAACUUUCAUAACCAAUACUGUGGAGGAGUUUCAGAGCUUACUGAAAGAUACCCACAUAUAAGGAGGAACUUUAAAUAAAUACACGGAGUCGUGGGAAGGGCGAAGAGUCAUCAACCCAUAACUCAUAAUGGUUGUUCUAUCUGAACUUCCAGAAGGAUCUUCAUCUUCUUCAUCCUCUGAUGCCCAUACUUCACCAACUUUUAGUCAUACUUCAUCAACUCAUGAUCAUAGAUAUGACGUAUUUUUAAGUUUUAGAGGUCUAGACACUCGUCUUAGUUUCACCAAUUACCUUUAUGAGGCACUUAUAGACGCCAAUAUCAAUACCUUCUUGGAUGAUGAAGAGAUUGAAACAGGGGAAGAUCUGAAGCCAGAAUUGGAGACUGCAAUUAAGGCAUCUCAGGCUUCUAUUAUCGUGUUGUCCAAGAAUUACGCUUCUUCAACAUGGUGUCUUGAUGAAUUGGUGUUGAUCCUUGAGCAGCGUAUGACAUCCAACCAUAUUGUCAUCCCCAUCUUUUAUCAUGUGGAGCCCACCCAUGUCAGGAAGCAACAAAGUAGCUUUGGUGAUGCAAUGGCUAAGCAUAAACAUACGAUGGAGACAGAGACAAAUGCAUAUAAAAGAAGUCAAUGGGCUCAAAAGAUGGAACGAUGGAAUAAAGCCCUUACAGAAGUUGCUAAUUUAAAAGGAAAUGACGUAAAAGGAAGGCUAGAGACAAAGUUUAUUGAAGAAAUUGUGAAAGACAUCAACCGUAGAUUACAUUUACCUUUAAGGAGUGCUCAACCGCUACUUAUUGGGAUAGAGCAUCAUAUCAGCUUCGUCACUUCAUGGUUGAAAGAUGUAUCCUCACAUACAACAGACAUACUUACUAUUUCGGGCAUGGGUGGGAUCGGGAAGACACAUUUAGCUAAUUAUGUCUAUGGGCAACAUUGUCGUGAAUUCCACACAAGCAGCUAUCUUGAAGAUAUAAGUAGGAGAUGUGUUGGAAAGUUUAAUGGGCUGCUUGACAUACAAAAACAAUUGUGUGGUGACAUUUCAAAAACAAGUUCAAUUCAAGUUUAUGAUGUUUCAGUAUACACCUCAAAGAUAGAGAAUGCAGUAGCUCGUAAAAGGGUGUUUCUUGUUCUUGAUGAUAUUGAUAGUAUUGAUCAGUUGGAUGCAUUACUUGGGAGCAAAGGUUUUCAUCCUGGAAGCAAAAUUAUAAUAACAACAAAGAACACAUGGUUGACAGAGAGUUGUGCACUAUUCAAAACAAACAUUAAACCCAAGAAUGAAAGGCUUUUGCUUCAAGGCUUGGAUGAGAUUGAAUCACAACAACUUUUGUGUUUUCAUGCAUUCAUGGUCAACCAUCCCAAGCCAGGUUAUGAAGAGGUAUCAGAUAAGAUUUUGAAGUAUUGUGAAGGACAUCCAUUGGCUCUUAAAAUUUUGGGCAAGUCUCUGCAUAAUCGGGAUGUGGCUUACUGGGAAGGGUGCAUAGAAGGGUUAAUGAAAGAAACAGAUGAUCGUAUAAAUAAUGUCUUGAGAAUGAGCUUUGAUUCUUUGCCAUCUAACAAUGAUAAGGAGUUGUUUAAGUAUAUUGCUUGUUAUUUUGUUGGAAUAGAUAGACAUGUUACUGAAACAAUAUUAGAAGCAUGUGAUAUAAACACAAGAUCUGGAAUCACUAAUCUCCUAGACCGGUUCCUUCUUAGUAUUGGAUGGGAUAACGAAUUAAAGAUGCAUCAGUUGGUUCAAGAGAUGGGAAGAUUUGAAGUACGUCAAGAAUCACUUGACAAACCAUGGAAGCGAAGUCGGUUAUGGUCUGAUAAAGAGUCAUUCAGAGUGUUAAAACAAAAAAAGGGUAAGGGAAAUCUUGUAGGCCUUUCUCUUGACAUGCGCAUGCUUGAGAAAGAGAAGUUGGGUGCAUCAUUUGAGUUGAAAACAGAUGCAUUGAGUAACAUGGAUAAUCUAAUGCUACUACAACUCAACUAUGUGCACAUGAACGGGUCUUAUGCGAACUUUCCAGAGGAAUUAAGAGGCUUGUGUAUGCAUGGGUUUUGUUUAAAGUAUGUACCUUUAGACUUACCUAUGGAGAAUCUUGUUGCUCUUGACAUGUCAUAUAGUAAUAUUGAAUCUUUUCUCGGUUGUUAUAUUGAUCCACAACGAUCUGAGAAGAAGCAAAAGUUGGACGAAUCAUGCUUAAAAGAAAAAAGGUUGCUUGGAUCAUUGAAGAUUCUUAAUUUAAGUUUCUGCGAACAACUUCGUAGUCUUGGUGACUUUGACCAACUCCCUAUACUUGAGAGGUUAAUAGUUAGAAAUUGCAUUGGUCUAGUUGAGGUUUGUGAAUCAAUUGAACAAUGUCUUGAACUUGUCCUCAUUGAUCUGAGCUAUUGCAACAAGCUUGAAAAACUUCCAAGAAAUAUAGGCAUGUUAAAGAAGGUUAAAAUGAUGUGGCUAGAUGGUUGUAAUAUCGGUGAGUCUCAAAUCAAGAUUAGGGAUAUGGAUUCACUGGAAAUGUGGAAAGCUAACAAAAACAGUGGUAUAAAGACAAGAAUCUCUUCCGUUGCCUUUGUGGGUGCUAUACCAAGGGAUUUGAAGUUUUUCGCAAGUUCUUUACCGAGUUCUCUAGUAAGGUUGUCACUUGCAAAUAAUAAUUUGUCGGCUGAAUCCUUUCCCAUGGACUUCAGUUGCCUAUCCAUGUUAGAGAAAUUAUAUUUAGAUGGAAAUCCUAUCGAAUCCAUGCCACAUUGUGUGAGAACCCUUCCUAGGCUUGAGUUACUUAGUAUGACGAACUGUGAUAAAUUGAAGUCAGUGGAGCAUCCUCCAAAUACACUAAAACAUCUGUCACUCUAUUCUGAUCGUGAUGCUUUUACAAAAAAAGUUGUAUUUAAUCCAGAAAUGUCCCCACUCCACUUACACUCAUUUUCUAGAAGUUCUGCACCUGGGCCGUAUGAAUUUGAAGGCAUGAUCAAAAUCCAAUCAAUGGUGGAUGUUGAGGAAAAGCUAUUACGUAUCUUGGGCUGGACUAAUAUAGACUUCCUUAAGGAGAGGCGUGUGGGAACUACCUCUUCGCAAUCUGAAAUCCAGAUGAUUUAUGAAUUUGGAAUAUUCAGCACAAUGUAUGAACAAGAAGAAAUACCGAGUUGGUUUAGGCAUAGAAGUGCGGGGCCAUCAAUAUCAUUUACCAUCCCAUCAUCUCCAAACAAUCUUGCAGGACUCAACUUCUUCUCUGUGCACAUGUUGCAAGUUCUGGAUGAAUAUCUGGAUGAAAUUCCAUAUGGUCAUUUCCCCCUUACACCUAUGAUCACAGUUAGUAAUAUAACAAAAAACCGCAUGUGGAUAUACCAACGUUUCCGGGACAAAUCUUGUGUAGGUGGAAAGUGUUGGGUGUUGUUAAGUCAUUGGAUGUUUGGGAUGAAUGAGAUGGAGGCUGGUGAUCAUGUUACUAUUUUUGUUACACUGCCAUAUAAUGAAUGUGUAAAGGAGUGUGGGGUGAGUCUUGUGUAUGAUGAUGGAGAGAAGAAGGAUGAGGAAGAAGAUGUGUUGGGUUAUUACAAGUCAUGGAAUCACAUAAUUGGUGGAGAUCUCUCUCCUUUUCAGACAACUACAGGACAAUACAUCCUAUAUAACUUCCAAUUUUUUAUGACUGUCACUUACUUGUUUCCCUAUCAUCGUAAAUUCAUUACAGACGGCCCUGACUAUCAAGAAAGAUACAAACCGUGGUUUAGAGCUUUAUCCCCAAGGAAGCCCGACAUAAUCUCAGGUUUGUUUUUUGAUGCCAAAAAAUUUCUCUCAUUACAUGAAUAAAAGCCAUACACAACCAAAUGUAUUCUAAUAAAAUCUUUUUUUUGGUCUAAGAUGUAACAAAAUAAUGGAAUUAUAACAUUGCAAUGAAUGCUUGAAAAUGGCAAUUUUAUUAUAGCUGAGUGGGAGCAUAUGAUCUCUGCUUAUUUAUGCAACUUCUGAAAUUUGUAUAUUGAUUGCAACAGCAACAACCUCAAGCGCAAACUGAAUAGGAAUCUCUUGUUCACUGUGGUGUUGAAUAUGAUAGUCUAUCACUUGUUAGUGGUGUCGAUUGUUACUAAUAUAACACUUUUCAUUAGUGGUCAAUGGAACGAUUUGCAGGGAUAAGUGGUGAGAUUUUUCAAUAGGGGAAGAUGGCAUACCUGAUUAUUAUGAUUUGCAACUUGUGCACAUUGGUGAAGUUGAGUUGAUUUUUGAGUACUUUUGGUAUGCCGAUUAUGGUGAUUAUAGUGGUUUUUAUAUUUUGGGAUAAGAUGAAUGGUGAUCGCUACUGUGUUGGCUAUUUGGGGUUGUGCUUCUAAUGUUUAGAUGAAUCUCAUACAAGAAAUGGAAGUGAAGUUGUGGAUGAGGUUUUUCUUUUUAAAAUGAAAAUGAGUUUAUGUA